AGUGGACGGCCCCGCCACCCCAGGUUCCGGCCUGGUUUCCAAUGUGCCGAUGGCAGCAAGAUGAUACCAUUCUCAAGCAGGUGCGACGGCAAGAAGAAUUGUCCCGACGGAUCUGAUGAAGAAGGAGGAUGCGGACAUCAACGCUGCAGCGAUUGCAAGAAUCCGACAUGUAACUGCCAAGAGAGGCCGAGGUGUGCCAAUGGAUCUACCGAAGAAGAUUGCGCCGAGCCCUGCGACCCAGAGAAAUGUAAGCUGCCGCACUGCCGCUGCCCCAGCAUAUAUCCGCCGACGUUCGCACCCUAAGUACCCAGAUGUACGACGUCACGCUGUUGCCAUUGGAGACGAAGGAGCGAGACUGCGAGAGUAGUCUUUUAAACAAUGCUAGUGUUGUGACUGUAUCCAUGUAUCCGUGUUUGUAUGUAUGUUGGGCUGUGACGAAGCGAGUAGCUUAUACAUAGAGAAAGAAAGAGCUAGAGAGAGAGAGAGAAAGAGAGCGGAGAGAGAGAGAGAGAGA